UAUGAACUGACUGUUUGUCUAUGGCACUUAUCACAGCUGCCAUAACUGGAAAUAUGCUGAAUGCUUCGAAAAUUCUUUCAAUCCGCAAACAAAGUAAUCAAUGAACCAAGAAGUGCUUCGACUUUCCAAAAAGCUAGAGACAAUCCUUGAUAAACUAGAUGAAAACCAACGAUAUAUCAUUGGCGUAAGUGGUGUACCUGGGUCUGGCAAAACUACGUUCGUAAAUAAGUUUGUUGAAGAUUUCAACAAACAUCAUCCGGGAGACACUGUGGUAGCUAUAUCCAUGGACGGCUUUCAUCUGCCAAAAGCAGCUUUAGACAAAAUGAGCAACCGGGAAGAGGCUUAUCUUCGUAGAGGUGUACAUUGGACGUUUGAUCCCGAAGGCAUUAUUCAACUUAUCAAAUCCUUGAAAGCUGAUACUACCAAGACCAUAAUGGCACCGACUUUCGACCAUAAAAUUGGAGAUCCCGUUAAAGAUGGCAUAUGUAUAAAACCAAAUCAUAGAAUUGUAAUCAUAGAAGGUAUUUACUUACAUCUGAAGAGUCCUGAACCCUGGGAGCAAAUACCUCUUCUGUUAGACGAAAAAUGGUUUAUUCCUGUAGACUUGGAAGAAGCACGGAGAAGAGUAGGCAACCGGCAUUACGAGAGUGGCAUUGAAAAAUCAGUGGAGGAUGGUAUCAAACGGUACAACAACAACGAUUUAUUAAAUGCAGAGUUCAUUCUAAAAAACAGAUAUACAGAUGCCGAAGAUAUAAACAUAAAUUUACAAUAAUUAUAAGUAAUAAAGAUAUAGUAUAA